AUGGAGAGGCUGAGAUCGCUUGACACAGUUGAGUGGGUAGUGGAAGCUAUCGAAGGAACAACCGAUUUAACAAGUAAAAAUUUCGAAGAACUUGGAGAUCGGCAAAAGAAGAACAGAUUACUAGAUUUAAACGAUCAACUUGAUGAGUUUGCAGCUGCAAACGACAUAUCUGUCAAUCAAGUGAUCGGUUUUCUUUUACGCCAACGUAAUUAUCAAAACAAUAAAAAACUUGCGGCUCUUGGUACACAAUUAUAUAAAACUGGUGACAUUGAUCAUUCUAUGAGUGAACUUAGUUUAGAUGAAACUAUUGCUUUUAAAAGUCAUCUUGACAUCUCCAGAAAUCAACUGGACUAUUGUACAACUUUUUUGAGUCCAUUUGUACGUAUUCCAAAGAGAGAAUACCUCAGAAAUUAUGCAAAAAAUCUCUUACCGAAACUAGGUGUUUUGGAGAUGGCACCUGAACAUCGAAAGACGGAUGUUCUCCUUACUUUCCGAGAAGCGGUAAUUGAUCUAACUGUUCAAAGAAUAAUAGAAAUGUUACAUAAACAGAAUAAAGUUGUGCCAACAUCUUUAGUUUACCGUGAAAAAUGUGGUCACGAUGGUGCAGUUGCAGGGAAGGAAUCUACGAAAUUAUUACAAUUUAUUAAUGGCAUUUUUGAGCCAGUCGAAAAAUCUGUACGUGAAAAUGGUACGUCUUUCGAAUAUAAAAGUGUUACUGAUAAUGUUAAGGUAGUAAUUGAAAACAGUAUGAAAGACUUGAAAGUGCGAACGAUGGAAUCAGGAUUAGGUGGAGCAGAUUGUUUAUUAUGUACUUCUAGACGUGCUGAUUGGAAAGAUGUGAGUAAAAUAGAAGAUCCUGAUUAUUUUGCAAUUAAUCAUACGGCGGAAAAAACUCUUGACACUUACAAAACGUUGUUACGAGCCGAUGGUGAGUUGGAAAAAACUACGGGAGAUUACAAUGUGAGACAGGGUCACGAGUAA